CGUUUAACAAGCGUGUAUUAAGUAUCACUAGAUUAUGCGCUUCGUAUGUAGGGUGCGCUGCGGAAAACUAGGGAAAACCGUGAAAAGUUUUCUGUAUCCAGUGUGCCUUUAAUAUCGUUGCGGGACAGUCGUCGGUAAUAAUUAUCUCUUUCAUCUAACCGUUUGUUUACGCUAGUGAAAAUUGUUUUAUAUAAAAUAAAAUAUUCACGUGAUGAUGAGAUUUUCACAAAGUGGUCGCUGAAUAAGAAACUAAAAAUAGGUGAUUAGAACGAUACGAAGAUGAUAGUGAUUUUAAAAUGAUUUUUGAGUAUUUCUUCUGUAAACUAAAUUAAAUUUUUUAAAAAUUAAAAAGUGCGAUUAUAAACUUUUGUGUCGUAUCGAGGAUAUAGUUUUAAAUAGAAAGUGAACUAUUUUAAUUUCAAUCAUCAUGUUAGAAAUGCAAUUAAAAUUGAUAUCGAUAUGGUUGGUGACGUUUCAAUGGAUCUCAAAUUCAGAUGGUUCGAUCGAAUCGCCGUCGCAGAGCGGCAACCUCAACUACUGGGAACAGCCGUUCUCGCAGCCCUACUUCGACAACGCCACUAGACGCGACGUGACCGCGACCGUGGGCCAGAUGACGUACUUACACUGCAGGGUCCGAAAUCUCGGCGACCGAUCGGUGUCGUGGAUCAGGAAACGUGACCUGCACAUAUUGACCGUGGGCAUACUAACGUACACGAACGACCAGCGUUUCCAAUCGCUGCACUCGGACGGGUCGGACGAGUGGACGCUCAGGAUCACGUCGCCGCAGAUCAAAGACUCGGGGACGUACGAGUGUCAAGUGAGCACCGAACCGAAAAUCAGCCAAGGGUUUCAGUUGAACGUAGUCAUAUCGAAGGCCAAGAUCAUCGGCAACACGGAAAUGUACAUCCGGAGCGGGAGUGACAUAAACCUGACGUGUGUGGUGCUGGAAACGCCGGACCCACCCAGCUUCAUCUACUGGUACAGGGACAGGGACGUGAUCAACUAUUCAGGCCGCGGCGGCAUCAGCGUGGUGACCGAGAAACAGACACGGACCAGCAGGCUACUGAUAUCCAAGGCCCAGCCACCCGACACUGGCAACUACACGUGCGCCCCGUCCGCCUCGGACUCGGCCAGCGUCACCGUCCACGUCCUAAACGGUGAACACCCGGCGGCCAUGCAACACGGCAACAGCAGCAACAGCGCGGUGACCAGGCUGCUGCCGAUUUUCCUGCUGUUCGUGUGCCAUUCCAUUCAGGUGCUGUUGGUCACCGACGUGUACGUGCCCACCCGCGUCGUCAAACUGACCAGAUGAACGGCUACGCGCACACGCGAUUAAAAUCAUUAUAUUAUUAUUAUUAUUAUUAUUAUUAUUAUUAUUAUUACAACUAUACUUCACGUGUACACCGCGUGUUUCAACAAUAAUUUAAAAGAAAAAAAAAGUAAGAUAAAAACAUAUGUAAGAACGUGAGUCACCAUUGUGGGGAAAAAAACCACGCAAGCUUCCACCGCAAACGCCGUACGAGAGCGGCAAGUGUGCAACGAUAUAAUUAUUGAUAUUAUAACUGUAGGAAAUUACUAAUUAACGUCGUAAUUAUAAAAAUGAGACGUACCGUGGUGAAGUGGGUCGUCGAGUGAAUUUCUUGAUUUUCAUUAUUUCCACACAAUAUUACUAUCGUUAUUAUUAUUAUUGCGCGUAGGUGGUACCGAAGACUUACCAUCGUGUGAUUUAUACCCUCGCGGUGUUCCACUGUUUAACGCUCGCUUGUCGACAAUAAACGACGCGUUAAACGAGUGUGUGUGCGUGUGUGUGUGAGAGUGAGGGGGAGGGGAGAGAGGGAGUGGAGAGCGAUAGUAUUAUAAUGUAAUUUAUUAUACACACGCCGUAUUAUUAUCGUCAUUAUUACUAUCACUACCGCGGUUCGGGUCGUCGCGUUUGUCGUGGUUCGGGUGGCGUUCGCAGCGUCAAAAAUCAUUUUUUUUUUUUUUACAUACAUA